AUGGCAACGGAACCAAAUAAGACCGAAAUCCUUACCAUUUUCAAAAGAUUAAGAUCUAUACCUACAAACAAGGCAUGUUUUGACUGUGCAGCCAAAAACCCCAGCUGGGCCAGUAUCCCAUAUGGUGUGUUCUUAUGUAUUGACUGCUCUGGUAUCCACCGUUCUCUGGGAGUACACCUCAGCUUCAUCAGAUCCACCGAGUUAGACUCCAACUGGAACUGGUUUCAGCUAAGAUGUAUGCAGGUUGGAGGCAAUGCCAAUGCGACCGCAUUCUUCCGCCAACAUGGCUGCUCCACCAAUGACACCAAUGCCAAGUAUAACAGCCGUGCAGCCCAGAUGUACAGGGAGAAGAUUCGACAACAAGCAAAUGCUGCUCUGUCUAAAUAUGGCACUGAUUUGUGGAUUGACUCUUCUGCUGCAGCGAUCUCUGCAGCUCCUGAAAAAAAAGAGGCAGAUUUUUUUGCAGAACAUACACAGCCAGCCAAUGACUGGAACAUGGCAUUGCCUUCUGAACUGGAGCAGAACGGAGCCGCCGUCACCCCACAGCUGACUGACACAGUGUCCAAAGCCCAGGAUGAGAGCCAACCAGAGGAAGGGCCGAGCAUCGAUGGUCUGAGCACAUCACCCAAAGCCUCCAUUGAGGACUCCAUGCGUCUGGCGUCUCAGGAUGGAUGUAUGUCCACAGAUGUGAAAUCCUCCAUUAUUGGGAAAAAGAAGCCCAUGGCUGCCAAAAAAGGACUCGGUGCAAAGAAAGGUCUGGGUGCUCAGAAGGUGAGCAGUAAGAGUUUCUCUGAGGUGGAGAAACAAGCACAAGUGGCCGAGAAGCUGAGAGAGGAGCAGGCAGCUGAGGCCAAGAAACAAGCAGAGGAGUCCAUUGUUGCGUCGAUGCGCCUCGCUUACAAAGAGCUGGAGAUCGAUAGGAAAAUAGAGGAAAAGAAGCUUCAGAACCUUGAAGGCAAGAAGAGAGAGCAGGCUGAGAGGCUGGGCAUGGGCUUCGGCAACAGGAGUGCUGUGUCUCACUCAGUGAUGUCAGAGAUGCAGGUGAUUGAACAGGAAACUCCCGUCGGAGCUAAAACCUCAUCUCGCUCUAAACUGGAUAUGUUUGAUGAGCCCGGCUUCACCUCUGGACCCCCAAAAUAUAAGGAUAACCCGUUUACAGUGGGAGACAGUUUUGGGUCCAGGUGGGAUACUGAUGGAGGAAGUACCUCCUUUACCACCUCAUGGGCCCUGGAGAAAGACGACCCCAAAGAAGAGGUCACCAUCUCCAGCAUUCAGCCAAUAGGAGAGAGACUGCCCAGCAGAAGGAAAGCGGAGGUGACCACUCCAGUGUCCGAGUCGAGUGAGGCCAGGCAGAAGUUUGCCAAUGCCAAGGCCAUCUCUUCAGACAUGUUCUUUGGACGGGAGAGCAGUGCUGAGUAUGAUGCAAAGACACGUCUGGAGAGCAUGUCUGGAAGCACCUCUAUCAGUUCAGCAGACUUGUUUGGUGAAGGCAGCGACCAUAAAGGGACGGAGUCUGACUUCGACAGGUCCGUUUUUCCUGCCGUUCCAGACAUCACACAGUUCAAACAGGGAGUGAAGACGGUCGCCGGGAAGAUGGCGGUCCUCGCCAACGGUGUCAUGAAUACGAUCCAGGAUCGUUACGGCUCGUACUGAACAGCCUCAACAAUAAAACCAACCUGUGUCAAGACAAAACCAACCGACGCCUGUGUAGAGAAAACCAGCCUCUGGAACGACUCGUGCAUUUGGACGGAGAUGGGACGAUGGAGGAACGGGAAUCAGAAAGGGUUGCAUGGGGGAAUGAACUCGUCCUUUUCACCCGUCUUCUUUUAGAGAGACUUUGCAGGAGUGAGACAGUAUUUUCUUCUCAUUCUCAUUAGCAGACUCCUGAGUUUUAUUUUCAUAAAGGAAACAUCUGAGGGUGUAGGCUUUUCUAUACCGAGAGUUUUGUUGUAAUUUACUGUCGAGAAUUUUUUGGUCUUAGCUUUUCAAAAAUGAUGUUAGAGUUAAUUCUUCUAUAUUUUAUUCCGUAUACAUGAAUCAAAAUGUUUUUGACUCAUAUUAUCAAACACGCCAUGCUUAUGUCUAUUUUGUUUUGUGAUAUUAAAAAGGUGCAGUAUAUAUUUUAAACAUAAGCAUUAAUUUGAACAAAAUGUCAUGUUUUGCAUUCAGUGUUCAAUUCACUGUUUCUCACUUACAGUAGACUUUUAUCCACUAUUUCAUGUUUUAAUUUACACACAGCACACUGACAGCCAUCUGUCUUGACCUUUUCACACAAUUUAUGAGCUUGGAAUUAUACAUCUCUGUCUAUGUGUGAAUAUAUACUUUGAACUAUAGGAAUAUCAGAUACUUGAUGUCCUAGCUGCUAUGUGUAUUUAUUAUUGAGGGAAAAAGAUAAAAACCCAGGGAGUCCAGGAGUCUGGUUGGGCACUGGGAUAAGAACUGCUGUGCAGAGGAAUUGAACAUUAAGAAUAAAAUUAGGGCUAAAAAUUCAAAUGAUGCUUUGUAAAAAAUGUCACGUAAAGCAUCUCAGACAUCAGACAGAGCAUGUUUAGUCCCAGCUCAUGAAACAGUGACUGAUUUUUGACUAUGCAUUUCCAUUUUCUGACCUUUGAAGAGACGUGUUCUUGUGUCUGGUUGAAUCUUAAGUCUGCCUCAGUCUGUCAGUGCUGCCUUUAAUCUUUAUAUUCGUUUUACCUUUAAGACCCAAGUCGCAAGUUUACAUUUUCAUCCAUCACUUCAGGUUUUGUUGACCAUUUGAAAAUGUUUGUCGGUCAAGGCUGAAAACAGUCACACCUUUCAUAUAUAAUGAUUUUCCUGAUAGAAAUAAUUAUCCCCAAAGGUAAUGCAUUUAAAAAAUAUAUAUUAUUCACAAUUUAUCUUCUGCAAAAUAGGUUCAUUGUUGGGGAAAAAGGUUUACAUUUGGUGAACAUAUUUAUUACGCUUCACACGAAUGAUAGUCUGGCAAAAAAAAAAAAGUCAGAUACUCCAAUAUUUAUUUAAUAAUAUAGGACUGCCUUUUACUUUGAUUUUAUUCAAACAUUUGUGGCUUCAUUUUAAUAAACUUAUCCCAUGUCAUACCAUUUAUUGCCAUCAUUUUAUGGCCAUAUCUGUUGUUGAAACAACCCCAGAUCAUAAAACUGCCCCCACAUGCUUGUACUGUAGGCACUAGGCAUGAUGGGUAAUCACUUCAUCCAACUCCCUUCUCACCCUGAUGCGUCCAUCUCUCUGGAACAGGGUCAGUCUGGACGACUCAGACCAAAUGAUGAAUCCUAUUAAUAAUUAUUCAGUAGAAGGAUCUUACAUUCUUGUGGGAACUUUUCUCUUUUUGCCCAGACUGUGUAUUUUUCUGUGCGAACAUGGUUUUUAUCUCCUGUGGGAAAACUUUAUGGACUCUGCAGAAAUGUUUUUGGCAGAAAAAUGAUACUCCUUCCACAGGUAGCACUUCUGAUUAUAUAUCUAUAUAAAAAUGUGUUUUGCAUGAUGUAACGGUUUACUCAAUCACACCUUGAUUGACGUACCUCAUGUCAACUCUGCAGUCCCAUCACAUUUAAUUCAGGCAGACUUGAAAUUCGACAAGUUAAAGGAGUGUGCAGGUAAAUGAAAACCCAGGAGAAACUCUUUUUGUUUUAUAUUUUUUGUGGCUGUGGAAUUGAUCAUUUUUCCUUGAGUGGCCAUUUCCCACCCUUGAGAAACUCUCCAACAGGAAAAAUAAAAGUGUGGAUUGAGUGGAUAAAACAUUCAAUUAUUUAUUUGUAGGCUACAAAAAGGAACUUAUUCGGUAUGUUAAUAAAGAUGGAAAACUCC